AUGGGGGAAGUUAUAGAGAUAUCUGAGGAUAGUAAAAGCUGUGAGACUCCAAUUAUUAAGAAUGGUGAACCCGACGUUUAUAUUUUAGAUGAUUCUUUGAGUUUUAGUCGUGAUAAUCAACAGGUGAACUAUCCAUCAUCCCCAAGACCGAAUUUCCACACAGACGAGAAAUCUAUUGAAAUCAUAGAGAGUAAUCCACCUUCUUCUGAAAUUCUGGCACCAUUUUGCCACGAGCUGAGCAGUAGUAACACGGGGAAUGGAUUUUCUAGUUCCCAAGUUGCUUGUGCUAUCAAUAGAGGUAAACCUAAUGGACGCAGUGACAGGUUAUUGGAUAAGAUAGUUGAUGGGAAUUCUUCUCCUGACUCUUCUGCCAUUAGUGAGAGGGCAAAUGAAGAUGUUGUAGCUAGCAUGAAGGAUUUGGCGGCUAAGUGGUCGAAGACUAUUUCAAGACCGUCUACUAAGACCGAUCAGUUAGCAAAAGAGUCAGAAACGACCCCUUUAGCUGCUUCACAAGAUGUGUUGGUAGACUUCCCCUUAUCCUCACCAGUGGCUGAUCGAAUUCCUUCUGAGAAAGAGGCAAAAGAGAGACCACAGACAGAUAAUAAGAGUGAAUGUGAACCAAUCCCUCAAUCGUCACCGGUAAAAGCAAAAUCAGUGACACCAACUCAAGUGGAUAAAGUUAAUGAGCAUACUAGCAGUCAUAAAACACACAGAGCUGGUGGUUCUAGAUCGAAGGAAUUACGAUCUAGUAGUUUGAGAACUGAUACGGUAGAAUUGAAUUUAUCCAGAUUCCUCAGCGAUAGGACUUGGGAAAACACACCUCCAUCAUCAAGAAGAGGAACCAACAGAGUUAAAAAGUCCAGUAAUAGUCUACCUCAUGUUAUUGCCAAUAAUCGAGAAUUGGAAAAGAGUAUGCUACAUCAAUAUAUAUUACGCGGCAAAUAUUAUACACAACAGGAGUCUGAAUCUUUACUGCGAUACUGGCUUAAAGAAGAUAAGGAAAGGCUUAAACAGGCCAAUCAAAUUUAUAGAUCAAGUGAAAAUGCAAGAUCUACUAUAAUCGUGGAAAUGUCUUCUGAACUUCUCGAAUCAUUACAAGAGACCACUAAGGAGAUUGAAUCUCUCAUUUCACCGGCAACUUUGCAAGUUGGGUACGAUAAUAGUUUACCCAGAAUAAGAUUUCUUCGAAGACUUACAAGCAUUUACGAUUUCAAUCAUGAUAUUUACUAUCCAAGCGAGCUAAGAAUAAUGGAGGAAAAUGUUAACAUCUUAUUUUAUGAUGCCCAACAGUUUUUUGAACUUUACAGAAAUGAAAAAAGGAAGCUUUUCGAUGUAAUUCAAUUGUUUGCCAAGGAUAAUAAAUAUCUUAUUGUCAUAUUAAGUGAUUUAAGCAGAUUGAAAAGGUCGGUAGAAUCACUGGAAGAAAUAAAAUACAAAGCUAAAGUUCAAGAACAAUUGACAGGUUCACAAUUUGCCGCCACUCGCGACAAGAAAAUGGAGGAUAUUGAAAGUUUAAAAAUGAAGUCGUUCGAUCUAGAACAACGGCUGAGACAUAUAGAUAGAUUGUGGAACGUUAAACUUCAUGUCGUCAACUCUACUAUGGAAUUUAUCAGCACAUUACCCAAUUUAGUUUCCAUCGUAGGUAGACAGCGAAUGGAUCCAGCCAUUAGAUUUAUGAGGUACUCACAUAUACACGUCAGAUCGAGUAAAGAUAGAACAGAUGCACUAAAGAAAACACUGCAUCAUAUAAACAAAAUGCCAGAACUAAAAUGUAACAGUGUCACGAAUGCCUACCCAGAUUUUCAAUCCUUGUUUGAUGAUUUCAAGAAAGGUCAAUUAAAAUCAGGGCUUGAUGGUAAGCAUUUAAUGACAGAAGCCAUGGAGAGUAGAUUGUACAAACUAUUCACUUGCCAGGAUCCCAAUGAAACCAUACAGUGA